AUGAUGAUGAUAAGCUCUGUUGAUAGUGGAUUUGUCGAUAGCAAUUACAGUGGUAUAUCACCAAAUAUGACGAAGUGUAAAUGUGGAUGUCAUGAAGGAAAACAAUGCACGUGUAAGGAAUGUCCCGAUAAAUCAGCUGGGAAAUCGAAAUGUGUGGGAUCAUGCCAUGGUGGCAGUACUGGUACCCAUCAAGAGAAAGACCAUGAGGAUGCCAUGAUGGCAUUGCCAUUCGGAGAAGUGAUGGAAUUAAUCGAUGAGUCUCGGAUUUCUGCAUCAUGA